CCUCAUUCGUUGCCCGGGCCAGGGCGGGCAAAGGAUUCGAAUUCGUGGGCAGGUCGGGAGGUAGUAGGCUGACACACGCCCGACCACUCACGGACCAGCAGUAUAUCGAGCCGCUCGAUCAGAUUGAUAUAGGUGGGGAGAAAGUUGAGUCAUAAUUGGCAUUUGAAGGAAGCAUUGAUGAGGCCAUGGCUACUCCCCGAUCCUGCGCGGGCGGAGCAUUGGGCAGUUGGGGAGUGGGGAUUUGAGGGGUUCGAAGCCAGUUUUCAGUGGAAAGCGGUUCGUUUGGAUUGCAAGGUUGUGGAUGAGACACAACCGCUCCCUUGUUCUGGGGUUUUGAAUUUAGCAGUGCUGUUGUAUGGAUUCCGUUGGAGCUAGGUUUGGGUUUGAGUGUCUGAAAACUAUGCGGUUGUUUUGAUAGUUGUGGGUGGGAGUUGCUUUUCGCGAUUGUCACAUUGGUGUCGUCGACAGAGCGAGGUGGAGAGAGCGAGUGAAGGAUAUUGUUUUGAAGAUGGUGGAAUGGGGGACAUGGGGUUGCUUGUGUAUGUUUCUUAAGGGUUUGAACGAAUCCAGUCAUUCCGGGUUGUGAACAAAUUCGUGUGGGAGGUGAAGAAUUUCGCAAGCAUUGCGCAGUGAAAAAGGAAGAAGGAAGGAGUAGCAGCUGCAACGAUGGCUGUUGCGGCAUUUAGGUCCACGACUCGUAAGCAGUAUGACAUUCGGGGGGUAGAAAUUGAAGACCCACUUGGAGGGCGGUCGAUCAAUCGAAGCCCCUCACGCCGACGCUCAAUGUCGCGCCAACCAUCUUUCACGCGCCGCUCAAUGUCCAAAGCCCCUAGUCCCACGCGCAGGCGCUCUGUGUCCAAAGCUCCCAGCCCUACGCGACGUCGUUCUAUGUCGAAAGCUCCCAGUCCGACCCGCGGUCGCCGCGGAGUAUCUCGUAAUCCGAGCCCCACUCGCCGGCUCGCAUCGAGAGCUGCGAGUCCUGCGAAAAUUAGGAGACGCUCUCCGUCACGCAAUCCAAGUCCCACUCGCGGGCGCCGAGGAAUGUCGCGAGGCCUGAGUCCCACUCGCGGGCGUCGAGGAAUGUCGCGAGGCCCGAGCCCCACUCGUGGACGCAGGGGAGUAUCGCGCGGUCCAAGCCCGACUCGGGUCACUCGUCUGACUCCAGCUACUCCCGCAAGAGUCCAUUCUCGACCCGCCAGCCCAACGAGACGCCGAGAUACUUCAGUGGGGCCUCGCUCCCGAGCUACUUCUCCUCAAAGAUUGGGCACUGCCAGGGCUGUAGGGCGUGCGCUCAGAAGUCUGCGAAGCGCUGCCGAUGCGGCCCUUCCUCAGGUUCAGCCUGACUCGCCCGUCGAAUACGAUCCUCUUCCAGUUGUAAUGACCCAUCAGAGUGGCAUUGGCGUAAGGGGUGCGUCUCGGAUGCACCCGAGCGAUUCCGAAAGCGAGGUUGAGCCACGCAGUGCGCGGGGACUGGAUAGGAGCAGUAGCUUCAGUACUCCCCGUGAUAGCUCUGAUAAUGAGAGCAUUCAGUCUUCUACAUCGGCAAGCAAAAGAAAUUUGAAUGGACUUCGGGAGAGAAUUUCACGAAGAACCUCUAGCACGCAGAUGGAAUUGCGGAGGUCGUUGGCAAACUUGGAGCUCUCGGACGUAUCCAUACCAGCAUACUAUCAGAAACCAAAAACUGCAGGUGCGGAGGAUCACCAACUUCGCAAUGCUGUGACGGAUGAUGGAGAUGUACAAGUGGAGGGGAGGGUUGUAGAUAAAACUAUCCAAGAGGUGCACACGCAAACAAAAGUACAAAAUCUUUGUUACAACAGUCUUUACGACGUGGCAGCCUCUACGGAUGCUCUGUCGCCCAUGGGGCCUGUUAAGUCGAAAGUGGCCGGAAAUUCGAGAGAAGCUCCAUUGCAAGGUGACGUAGACUUAGUGGCUUUGUACAAUGCGAGAUGCGCUGAACUUUGGAAAGUUGUGUCGGAUACUCGGAACGAGCUGAAGAAUGUGAAGGAGGAAGGUCUGCGCAAAGUUAUAGAAGCAAAGCUGAAGAUGUCGGAAAGGAAAGUUUCAGAGCUUUGGUCGCAGUACGCAACUGAGGUACAAAGAUGUCUACACUCGGUAAAUGCCAUGAAGGACACUAAGCAGGGUUCUGUGGAUCCUCUACAAAUGAAAACCGACGGUAUUGAGUCCCAAGAUCCUUGCCCGCAGGAGGACUUGAAGCCCCAGCACCAUCAUCGAUACCCGGUGGAGGAUGUGGAUGAGUCAGAUUUUAUUAGACAAUCUUUGGACGAGGAGGCAGCGCGGUACUUCGAGGAGUGCGCUAUCAUUGCUAACUUUGAUGCAAAUGUGAUAGCUGUAGACGACAUAUCGGUGAGCUACGACAGGUCGAGUGAUGGCGAGUCGUCGGUGUGUGACGAUCCCAGACCAUUGUCCAGGAGGCAGAGCCCGAAUAGUCUAGAGGCUGUGUCGGUAAGAAAAAAAGUGAUCAAACCCCUUGAUGAUGAGGGAAUGUUGCUGCCUUGGUUGGAUUGGGAGCCAGAGUUUGAUCUUGGAAGGAAGGAGCGCAUUGAGAAAGCAAUAUGCGACUUUCAAGAGUGGAAGAGUGCAUGGGAUCAGAAAUCAGAGGAGUGGGGGAAAAGCUUAAACAGGGAGCGAGGAAAAGAUGAAGGUGCCGUGCAUGUUGACGAGUUCUUGUUUGAGAGAACUCGAUUGCAGCCUCGCGUUUCGCAGGGCAGGAUGCUCGUCUGCGGUGGAAAGCGGUGACUGAUUUGUAAUUUCAUAGGAGCGGAAUGGAUGGAUCAUCUGGAUGAUGCACGUGUAUUAUAUUGGUAGCUCAACUUUGUGUCCAAUAUCAGAUACUAAUCUCUGUAGGGUGGCUUCUUCUCUUGAUCGAGAGGGAGCCUACAACACCCGUACGACAAGCAUCUCUGCUCUUUUUUCUUUUUUUCUUCUUGCGGUCCUGUUAACGCUACUGUCAAUCGGUAGUGAUUUUAUGCUAGGUGUUCAUUUACAGAAUGUGGUGUUCUGAGUCUUCUAAUACUUUAGAGGAGGUGACAGUGAAUUACAUGAUAGAUUCUCCUUCAUAUGAGAGUGGGUUGAGCAGUAUGUACUACUUUAGACGAUGAUCUGAGAUCGACGAGUUCUAAGUACGUCGUUACGGAGUUUGGAAACCAGCAUCUCGAGGGCAAAUGUUCCGAAAAAAAUUGUCUUGUGUAGUUGAAGGUUUUGGAUGCUACUGGAGGGGUUAGCGUCUGUUAUGAGGUUACAGUGAAGGCAUUUUCGAUUGGACGGGCUUGGACUCUGUUCAUUUUCUUCAUGCAGCGCCUGGUGGUGGAUCAUCUUUUAAUAGCGUUCUUGUGAAUUAUAAGAUAUAGGGAACUGUUAAUUAGGAUCGCAGGCACAUGGCAAGAAUUGCUUGAAAAAAUAAGCACUAAACUUUGUAAUUGCUAGUUGCAUUUGCGAGCAUGCUCUUGCCUUGUUCUGUAAACGAUCAAUUAUGUAAUGUAUUGUACCAGUAACACGGCGUUAAUUGGAUCACAUUCUAAA